CGAGGUGGCUGCGGAGGGACUGAGAGAGCUGUGGAGACAAGUGAGAAAAAUGAGCAAGCGCGAGAAAGAUGGGAUCAUUGAGGGUGGGGUCACCAGACUAGCUCAGCAGACGGCGAGGGGAACAAGGGUUGCCGCUGUGCGUUUGGUUUGCUUAAUCGCUAAAUCUUCUCUAAUCGGGAUGAGAGGGGGAGAGCAUGCUGCCUGAUUUAAGACUGCACAGUCUGUAUCGGGACCUGCAAGGAGGACAGACACCCUAGGUGCCCAUUACAAGAGACGGAGGGAGGGGGCAGACGAGAGCAACAGACACUUUGGGGAACUUCAGACGAAGCCGUUUUUUUCAAAGGGAGGGAAGUGACAAGAUGCUUUCAGCCAUCAAAAAGAAGGGGACUCUCAAUGGAUGGAUUCUUUCAGGGUGAGAAUGGCACACAGAAGACAAGACGCUGAGCUGUGAUCCCGGCAGAGGGGUCUGGGCGGCAGGGUGCUCAUGGCCUCGACACGUGACGACCCCCACUUCGGCACUGGCCCGUGUGAGGAUUCUGAGAUGAACCUGGAUGAUUCAGACUCUGCAAGUGUCCUCACUGACGACUCAGUGCUUCCUAACUUUGAAAGAGACGACACGUAUGCAGAGUCUCCUAAAACAAUCUAUGAGGCAUGUCUUCGCAACGAUCCCAUCUCCCUGCGAAGGAUUCUGGAGAGAGGCGUGACCAAGGAAGAGGCCAUGGAGUUGGACAUUAACGGCAGGACUGGACUAAUGGUGGCUGUGAGCAAAGGAUUUGUGGACAUCGUCACUACGCUGCAUGUAUGCCCACUAAUAGACAUAAACCACCAAGACAAUGAUGGCAACUCUGCCCUCAUGAUUGCAGCCCAGGCCGGCUUCACCACUAUUGUCAACUACAUCCUCAACUACUACUCUGGUGUGGACACUGAGGUCAGGGAUCCUCGUGGCUUUACCGCCCUCAUCAAGGCAGGCAUGCAGGGCAGAGAGGACUGUGUGUCGGCCCUGCUCAUGCACGGUGCCGAAAUGAAUGCAAUGGACCAUGUUCAAGCUCUUGGUUUGAAGGAUUGGGUCUUGAAGACGGGAAGAUUUGAGACGAUGAAUAGAAUCCGCUAUCUACAGGCUCAUCCUGUGGCUGAGCAGUUUUGUGAGCGCUACACACCUGAGUGGCCGCAGCUCAAACAGCUGGUGGCCACUGCCACCAAGACCACAAGCCAGAGACUGCGGCAGCGCUUAAAGGACAGCUUCACCUUCAGCUUCCCUCUGGACCCCCAAGCCAACGGGGUCAUGGACCACAUGGUGCGCAUGACCACAAGCAUCCACAGCCCCCUCAUAGCCACGGCUUGCCAUCCACUGUGUCCCAGCAGCCCCCCAGAAAUCGGGAAGCGGCGCUUUGCCGUUCCCGAGCUACUUGAAAAGCACAGCAGCAAGGAGCUGGAGGAAUGCACGGUGUCUCAUAGCAACGCCUCUCUCACUGCCUCUUUUCCCAGCACUGCAUCAGUCGCCUCGGUAUACCUGACCUCCUGCUGCCAGGAGGCAGAGCGCAGGGACAGCGCGCCAGUCGGGAGCAUGAGAGGCUUCAUUGCCCGCAGCGUGGCGCACAGGAAUAGCAUCUUCCCCACGGGCUGUGUCCCCAAAAUUGAAGUGACGAAAUCUGGCGAACCCACCCCAAAGAAAGAGAAGAAGAAGAAAAGGCAGAAGGGCUACUUGGAGCCUCCUGUGUGGAAGUACAAGGAGGCCAAGGAGGAGAAAAAGAGGGAAAAGAACAAGGAAAUACAAAGAGAGCAAGAGAGAAUAUCCAAGGCGUCCAAAAACGAAAACAAAACAUGACUCAAAUUGGAAGUUUCCACAGAUGAUUGUUGAUUCCUUUGAAGACUAUUUGGACAAAAUUUGUAUCCGCUGCCGCAGUUAAUAUAUGCAAUAUUGAGUGGAUUCACAAAACAUGCCCAGUCUUCCAUUCAAUUAGGUUUGAGCUAUUUCUUAUUCAUGAAUUAAAACAUAAAUGAGUAGUCGAGCUGGGUGGUCAGAGUGUUACCUACGACUGUGCUGGCAUUCUUUUACCCUGUCCCUGUACACUGAAAAUAAAUACGCCUUCUAAAUUUGAAACACUACA